AUGGCUCCCCACAAUGAUGUCGCCGUAUUUCACGAGGCCCUGGCCUCAAGCAAGCGGAUACUCGCACUCUGCGGCGCGGGACUUUCUGCCUCCUCCGGCCUGCCGACCUUCCGCGGCGCCGGCGGUCUUUGGCGGAACCUCGACGCCACGGCCCUGGCGACCAUGAAGGCCUUCCGAAGGGACCCGGGGCUCGUGUGGUUGUUCUACGCGUACCGCAGACACAUGGCUCUCUCUGCGAAGCCAAACAAAGCUCACUAUGCUCUUGCCGCUUUGGCGGAGAAGAACCCGGACUUCCUGUGCCUGACGCAAAAUGUUGACGGUCUCUCGCCGCGGGCUGGUCACAAGACGGAACAGCUCCGCCUCCUUCACGGCAGUCUCUUCGACAUCAAGUGCGUCAACCCCAAAUGCCACUACAUUGAACGGAACAACACACAAGACCCCCUCUGCCCGGCCCUCGCCCCGGCUGCAGAAGACCUCAAGGACCCAACCCAGAUCCUCCCGCUCCUCGACCCCUCCAAGAAGCUCCCGCACAUCGAGGAAGCGGACCUGCCUCACUGCCCGUCUUGUAAUCAGGGCCUCUUGCGCCCGGGUGUUGUCUGGUUCGGCGAGGCCCUCGACGAGGACAUGCUCGACGGCGUGGACGCCUGGAUCGCGCGGGGCAAAGUCGACCUAAUGAUCGUUGUGGGCACAUCAGCGCAGGUGUGGCCAGCCGCCGGCUAUAUUCUCAAGGCGCACGCGGCCGGCGCGCGGGUGUGCACGGUGAACCCCGAGGCCGAGGACGAUGAUCAGAUGGCCAAGGGGAAGCCGGGGGAUUUCGCGUUUGGGAGGGACGCUGCCGAGGUGUUGCCAUUGCUGAUGGAGCCCGUCAUUGGGAAGCUUAGGGCGGAUGGGCGAACUUACACAGAUGACUGGAAGUCUGAGUAG